GGAAUUGGCUGGGAGUAGGAGCUGUGUUGGUUUGGCUUUUCCCCCCAGUGUGGAGUUGAAGCCGUCCCUGUGCAUAGCAUACACUCUGCAUAUCACAAGAUUUGGUCUCUCCUCUCUCUUUUCUGGAGCUGCUGUAGGACUGGCUAUGGCCACCACUACUUCCGGGAUCCGUCAUUUCAUUCGCCCACCGCUCAGCGCUGCGAACUGACUCUGUUUCUAUAAGCAAGCUAGCAGCCAACCUGCCAACACUCGCUGACACUCACUCAUCUCAGUCUCGCCAGAUAGACGAAAUACCUACGGGGGAAAGAAAGGAAAGAUCUGAAUCGCAAUCUCUUAAUUUCUACUGCUUUUUCUUUUUUUUACAGUAAUAAUAAAACAAGAUAGCGAUCCGGAGGCAUUAAAGGAGACGCGGACUUGCGGGAUGAAAACGGACUAAAAAGAUUCAUCCUUCUCUUGAACAUCAUCACCAACCGUCAUUCAUUCAUUACCUUGACAACCUCUGGCUUUGAUUGACAGCUGGAGUGGCAAAAAGCCAUGAGACACGACAGUUUAGUUACAUGCAGGUUGUUGAUGGGCCGAUUGUAACCUUCACUUUGGCGCAUUUUUUUCUUUUUUGAGGAAAGAGGAAAAAACAAGAAAAAUUGCAAAACUCCCUGAUGCUACUGCUUCAACUGAAUCACACUGGCGAAUAGGAGAAUUCGCAAAGUUGGUUGAAAAAGGAAUCUUACCACUAAAUCACUUUCUAACCGGGACUGGGAUAUUAAAUAUACGACACAUUCAGGAGUUUAUUGGAGCGCAGCCUGAUGGCGCAAAGGUACGAUGAACUGGCCCAUUACGGUGGGAUGGACGGAGUCGGAGUCCCGGCGUCGAUGUACGGGGACCCGCAUGCUCCCCGGCCGCUUCCCCAGGUCCACCACCUGAACCACGGACCGCCGCUCCACGCCAGCCAGCACUACGGAGCCCACGCUCCCCAUCCCAACGUUAUGCCCACCAGCAUGGGCUCCGCUGUCAACGACGUUUUAAAGAGGGAUAAAGAUCAAAUUUAUGGUCACCCUUUAUUCCCACUGCUCGCACUGGUUUUUGAGAAGUGCGAGUUGGCGACGUGCACUCCGAGGGAGCCCGGCGUAGCAGGCGGCGAUGUCUGCUCCUCAGACUCCUUCAAUGAGGACAUCGCAGUCUUUGCCAAACAGGUCCGAGCAGAAAAACCUUUAUUUUCAUCAAAUCCAGAGUUGGACAAUUUGAUGAUACAAGCCAUACAAGUAUUACGGUUUCACCUCUUGGAAUUAGAAAAGGUGCAUGAGCUCUGCGACAAUUUUUGCCACCGGUACAUCAGUUGUUUGAAAGGAAAAAUGCCAAUAGAUCUAGUUAUUGACGAACGGGAUGGCAGCUCUAAAUCAGAUCAUGAAGAACUCUCGGGAUCUUCAACUAACCUUGCAGAUCACAACCCAGCUUCCUGGAGAGACCAUGAUGACGCCACCUCCACACACUCAGCCGGCACACCAGGGCCCUCCAGCGGGGGACACGCUUCACAGAGCGGUGACAACAGCAGUGAACAAGGAGAUGGCUUAGACAACAGCGUGGCAUCGCCCGGCACAGGGGACGACGACGACCCAGACAAGGAUAAGAAGAGGCAGAAAAAGCGUGGCAUUUUCCCCAAGGUGGCCACUAACAUCAUGAGGGCGUGGCUGUUCCAGCAUCUCACGCACCCAUACCCUUCUGAAGAGCAGAAGAAGCAGCUAGCCCAAGACACAGGCCUCACCAUCUUACAAGUAAACAACUGGUUCAUUAACGCCAGGAGAAGAAUAGUACAGCCCAUGAUUGACCAGUCAAAUCGAGCAGGUUUUCUUCUUGAUCCUUCAGUGAGCCAAGGAGCAGCGUACAGUCCAGAGGGCCAGCCAAUGGGCAGCUUCGUACUGGAUGGUCAGCAACACAUGGGGAUCCGGCCAGCUGGUCUGCGAGGCAUGCCAGGGGAGUACGUACCUCAUAGUGGUCCUAUGGGCAUGAGCAUGGCCCCGCCCAGUUACACGCCUUCUCAUCAGAUGACCUCUCACCCCUCCCAGCUUCGACACGGACCCCCUCUCCACCCCUACCUGCCCGGACACACUCACACCCACCACCCCCACCCAGCCAUGCUGAUGCACGGAGGACCCUCCUCGCACCCAGGAAUGACCAUGUCUGCACAGAGACCCCCCUUGCUGACUCCCAUUGACCCCAGUGUUGGAGGACAAGGCCUGGACAUCCACGCCCAAUAAUAUAAGGGAACUUUGCUACCACAACGACAACAGCAGCUACUAUGAGAAAACAGUGAAAAAAAAAAAGCAGCAACCCACAACAAACCCUAUUUUGAGACAAUUUUUAAGAAUAAAAAGCGAA